UUUGUUGGAUAAGCACAACGCUUUAGUACUGAAGCGAGGGUUGUAACCGAAGUAAGAAGAAAUGUGCAGAAGAAAUGUCAUAACUGCGAUGUAACGGCUCGCUCUCUUUCGCUAUUACAACGCCAACAGGACACACGUGUUUCCCAUUGUUACACUUGUAAAAUAAUUUCUAAAAUAUAACCGUUGUAAAUUUAACAGGUUAUGGGCCCAGACCGUAUACUCAGGAUUUAAAAUGAGCGAAAUAACAAAAAUCACAGGAAUUGAUCGACUGGUAGGACGAGAAAACUGGUCGACGUGGAAGUUUGCUGUACAGACUUAUUUAGAGGUCGAAGACCUUUGGAACACUAUUGAACCGAAUGUAAAAGCCGAUGGGACAGAAGAAGCGGUAGAUCCCGUGAAAGACAAAAAGGCGCGUGGUAAAAUCAUUUUACUGUUGGAACCGGGUAAUUAUUAUCAUGUGAGAGAUACACGGACUGCUCGGGAAGCUUGGAAAAAGUUAUGCGACGCGUUUGAGGAAACCGGGUUAACGCGGGAAGUUGGCUUACUUUACAAGCUUAUUCGGACUGAUUUGGAAAGCUGUGGAUCUAUGGAAAAUUACGCGAACAGAAUGAUUUCCACCUGCCACCAACUAAGUGCAAUCGGAUUUCCGAUUCAAGACCGAUUUGUCGGUGCUUUGCUACUUGCUGGGUUACCUGAACGAUACCAACCGAUGGUGAUGGCUCUUAAAAAUUCAGGCACGGCGAUUACAGGAGAUUCGGUUAAAACAAUAUUGUUGCAAGAGGAAGAAGAAUCGACGCGCAGUGAAAGUAUAUGUGUAGCUAAACGUGAAAGACACAAACCGCGUGGUUCGAACCUUAACAAAAGAACCGAUCAUAAAGGUCCUAAGUGCUGGAAGUGUAAUAAAUUUGGCCAUAUCGCAAGGCAAUGCGAUGAUAAUCAAACUGUUAAGAGAGCCAAUGCGUUGGGAGCAGUGUUACUAAGUGUUGGACAGGGAGCGGAGAGCGAAUGGUAUGUAGACUCUGGCGCCACGAUGCACAUGACGCAUAACCUAAAACUUUUGCAAAACGUGAAGGAUAGAAGCGGAACAGUGUUGGCAGCAAAUAAAAAGGCAAUGCAGAUCAAAGCAUGUGGUACUGCAACUAUCUAUCCAGUUAAGAGCAAAAUUAGGGGAGUGCUACCUGUUAAUGAUGUUCAUUAUAUUCCUGACCUUUCAAUGAAUCUGCUUUCGGUGGGUCGAAUAGUGAAAAAAGGAUGUUCGAUCGUUUUUGAUAUCGAUGGAUGCAGGAUAAUGAAUGGUGCGGGUGAUGUAAUUGCGACAGGAAUCUUAGAAAACGAUUUGUUUAAGAUUGUUCAGCAAAAAUCGUGUGAUAGAGUGAUGGCAUGUUCAUCGAACGAUUCGGUUGAAAUGUGGCAUAAACGGUUAGGCCAUAUUAACGUGAAAAGCUUACGGAAGCUGGCGGACGGAUUGGUGAGUGGCAUGCAGAUGAGUAUCGGAAACUCUAUCGGGGAUUGUGCGAUUUGUCCCAUGGGGAAGCAGGCGCGUUUGCCGUUCAGUAAGAGUGGGUCACGUGCUGAUGGAUUGCUGGAAAUAAUACACUCAGACAUUUCUGGUCCGAUGGAAGUGCCAUCUUUAGGCGGUAAUCGUUAUUACAUAACAUUUAUCGAUGAUAUGUCGCGGAGAGUGUGGGUUUAUUUUCUGAAAAGCAAGUCAGCGUUUGAAGUGUUAGAAAGCUUUAAAGAUUUCCACGUGAAGGCAGAAAGACAGUGCGAGAGAAAGUUAAAAGUGCUUCGAACCGAUAAUGGGAAAGAAUACAUUAAUAGUAUAUUUCAAGUAUAUCUACGAAAGCAAGGGAUUCGGCAUCAGCUAACGAAUGAAUACACGCCGGAGCAGAAUGGUAUGGCGGAGCGUGCUAAUCGAACUAUAGUGGAAAGGGCGCGUUGUAUGCUGUAUGAAGCAAAGUUGCCGAAAUCAUUCUGGGCAGAGGCUGUGCAGACAGCCGUGUAUCUUAUUAACAGAUCACCAACGAAUGGUCACGAUCUGACACCGGAGGAAAUGUGGAGUGGGAAGAAACCGGACUUAGCUCAUGUCCGCGUGUUCGGUACGAAGGCGAUGGUUCAAAUACCUAAGGUAAAGCGUCAAAAGUGGGAUCCUAAAUCAAGAGAAUGUGUUCUCACUGGAUUUGAAGAGGAUACUAAAGGGUAUCGGCUAUAUGAUCCAGCUGCAAGAUGCUUGUUGAAAAGUCGCGAGGUAAUAUUCGUCAACGAAGGUUUGAAGAAUGAGAAUUUACCGGAACGUGGAAAAACAGUUUUGCUUGACUUUAGCGAAACAGUUGGGAGUAACCACUUCGAAGAAGGCGAUUUAGUGCAUGUAGGCGAUAGCAUAGUUGGAGGAAAUAGCGCAUCAUCGCAGGCCGGUAUGAACACUCCAUCGACUGUUGUGAAUGAGUCGAAGUCUCAGGCAGUAAGACGCAGUACACGUCAGCAUAAGGUUCCGGAUAAAUUCAAAGAUUACGAAGUUGGUAUUAAGAAAGCACCUACUUAUGAAUCUGCAACUGAUUCGGGAGACGAAAGUAGUGAUGUUGAGUAUGCAAGUCCAGAUAGUGAACCAGAUGGGGUUGCUGCUUGUCAACUUGAAAUAUCCAGCGAGGAACCGAAGACUUAUGCAGAGGCCAUAGCAUCCUCAGAUGCCGAACAAUGGAAACAAGCUAUGGCUGAAGAGCUUGAAUCAAUCGAGGCGAACGAGACGUGGACACUAGUGGAUUUGCCACCAGGACGCAAAACAAUUGGGUGCAAAUGGGUAUUUAAACGCAAAACAGAUGCAGAUGGAAGGCUGUUUCGAUAUAAAGCCCGAAUAGUUGCACAAGGGUUUAGCCAGCAGUACGGAAAGGAUUACGACGAAGUGUUUGCACCGGUAGUCAGGCAAACCACCUUUCGUACAUUGAUGUCAGUUGCAGCAAAGAGAAAUAUGACGGUUAAGCAGUAUGACAUAAAGACCGCAUUUUUGUAUGCUGAACUAGAUGAGGAGAUUUACAUGCGUCUGCCAUGUGGUAUAAAUGCAGAAGGUAAAGUCUGUAAACUCAACAAAGGACUUUACGGACUGAAACAGGCGGCUAGAUCAUGGAACCAUAGACUGGACGAGGAGCUGAAACGCCAAGGUUAUCACAGCUGCUUGGCGGACACCUGCUUGUAUCGAAGGCGACAUCGAGGAAGCUGGUGUUACGUUCUCGUCUAUGUUGACGAUUUGAUAGUAGCUGGAGAAGAUCCUGAAAUGAUUUCAUCAUUGCUUGCUGGACUGCAGUGCUCCUUUGAGGUAAAUGUUAUCGGGGAUGUUUGUUUCUUUUUAGGAAUGGAAAUAGAAAAGGACAAACGAGGAGAUUAUUUCCUGAGCCAAAGGAAGUAUAUACACGAUGUGAUCGUUACUAGUCGUUUAACUGAUGCGAAGACGUCCAACGUUCCUCUCGACCCUGGAUACAUGAAGAAUGAAGAAAAUGGAAGCCCGCUUGCAAGCAACUACGAAUAUCAGAGGAUGAUCGGUAAACUGUUGUAUGUAGCGAUCAACACUAGGCCGGAUAUUGCAGCAGCCGUUUCAAUAUUGAGCCAGAAAACGGUAAAACCAACUCAAAGAGACUGGAACGAAGUGAAAAGAGUGGUGCGAUACCUAAAAGGAACAAUAGACUAUCGUUUGCGGCUAAGCAAGAUCGGUAUAGAAGAUGGAGCAAUUGGAUAUUGCGAUUCUGAUUGGGCAGAAAAUAAGGAAGAUAGGAAGUCCAACAGUGGAUUUGUGUUUACAGUUAAUGGUGGGACUGUUAGUUGGAGGUGUAGGAAACAAAGUUGCGUUGCACUUUCAUCUACAGAGGCUGAACUGAUAGCGCUUUCUGAAGGAAUGCAGGAGGCAAUAUGGCUCAAAUUACUUUUGAAGGAACUGAACGAUGAGCAGCAGUUUUUGGUUUAUGAAGACAAUCAGAGCUGUCUCAAAUUGUUAGCCGGUGAAAAAAUAAGUAAUAGAACGAAGCAUAUUGCAACUAGGUACCACUUUACAAAGGAACAGAUAAAGAAAAGUGAAGUGAGAUGCGCAUAUUGUCCUUCAGAAGAUAUGAUAGCAGAUCUUCUUACAAAACCUUUGUGUAGAGUUAAAACAGAAAAGCUAGUACGAAUGAUUGGUUUAGCUACGAAGGUUUAGGAGGAGCUUCACAUUAGAAACUACGCGUUGAGGAGGAGUGUUGGAUAAGCACAACGCUUUAGUACUGAAGCGAGGGUUGUAACCGAAGUAAGAAGAAAUGUGCAGAAGAAAUGUCAUAACUGCGAUGUAACGGCUCGCUCUCUUUCGCUAUUACAACGCCAACAGGACACACGUGUUUCCCAUUGUUACACUUGUAAAAUAAUUUCUAAAAUAUAACCGUUGUAAAUUUAACAAAAUU